AGAAGAAAAGUCAUUUCUUCUUCCUCAAUCGUAUACUUCCUUAAAGAGUAAUAAACGGAAUAUUAAAAUAUAAUAAUAGAGGAAGAGUGUGUUUUUUUUCUUAUAUGAAGCUGAUCCAGUAAUGCUAUAUUUGGGGAAAGUACUUGUUUUCCUUUUUUUGUCCUAUUGUAUGUUGUACGAGUCUGUUUAAUCAGAUAUUUGACAGCUAAACCGAAAUCAACUAAUCGAGCUGUAAAAUAGUUGAACAAUAAUACAGCAACAUGCACAGAAGAGGAGUUGGAGCAGGGGCUAUCGCUAAGAAGAAACUUGCAGAGGCCAAGUACAAAGAGAGAGGUACAGUCUUGGCUGAAGAUCAGAUUGCACAGAUGUCUAAGCAGUUAGAAACUUUCAAAACACAUUUGGAAGAGUUUGCUAGCAAACACAAGCAAGAGAUAAGAAAGAGUUCACAGUUCAGGGUGCAGUUUCAAGAAAUGUGUGCCACAAUAGGAGUGGAUCCCCUGGCAUCUGGUAAAGGAUUUUGGUCUGAGAUGCUCGGAGUUGGAGACUUCUAUUAUGAGCUUGGAGUGCAGAUAAUUGAAGUCUGUCUAGCUCUAAAGCACAGAAAUGGCGGACUAAUUACACUGGAUGAACUUCAUCAGCGUGUAUUAAAGGGAAGAGGGAAGUUUGCACAAGAUGUGAGUCAAGAUGAUUUAGUACGAGCCAUCAAAAAGCUUAAGGCAAUGGGAAACGGCUUUGGGAUGAUUCCUGUUGGAGGUUCUUAUUUAGUCCAGUCAGUUCCAGCUGAGCUUAAUAUGGAUCACACUGUUGUUCUUCAGCUGGCUGAGAAAAAGGGUUAUGUAACAGUAAGCGAGAUCAAGGACAACCUUAAGUGGGAGAAAGAACGUGCUUGCCAUGUACUUGACGACCUGCUGAAAGAAGGGCUGGCAUGGUUGGAUACCCAGGCUGCAGGAGAACCACAAUACUGGCUGCCUGCCCUCUUCUCUGAACUAUCUUCUCGUGAUGUCACUCCUGAGGAAGAGAAUCAGAUGACACCAUGACAAGAACUAUGUUUCACUAUAUGCUGAGAAUUUGGUGGAAGUAAAGCUUUUAUCCAAGUUGAAUAUUGGAAUUUGAAGAAUUGAAAUCCUGUUGGACGCUUCUUUCAUACAUACAUGUGAAAUUCAAGUGAAAGAAUAGUUAUCCUAAUAAAAGCAUUUAUUUUCUGUAAG